ACUAGAGAAUUUAAAAGCUGAUCACAACAACUCAGUAGGGGACCCUGUAAUAGUGAUGCAAGAAAACUAGAAGGUAUCUCAUCAUCCUGUGCAGCGAGGAUUGGUAUGGUAAACCAACUGAAACAUUGAGGACUGACAAAUCAUUGUAACUGGGACAUGGCAGAAGAAACAGAAGUAGGGUUAAACUGUGGAGGACAAGAACUUGACUGAAAGGUUGGUGGUUUAAUUACCGAGUACUGAUCAGGUUGCCUUUGUAUUUGGGCAACUGCUGGUUAUUUGCUUACAGAGGAUUUGAUAUCUCCAGAUCCAGAUUUGGAUAUCUGAAGAAACAAUGAGAAUGGGGAGUGGAUGAGUUAAUCAUAAACCAGCUUCCUUCAUUGUUGCUUAAAGCUCCUUCAUAAUUAUAAUAAUUAGUAAGCAGAGGAUCAGAGUGUGGAUCUUGUUGGCUUUGCUAGUCUUGUUUAUUAUCCUGCAGCCAUUGUGUGUCUGUGUCAAUAUGCUGACAUACUGUUUGGCUCUCUGUUUCACAUGCAGCACCUUUAGCUCCAGAAUGCCAAACGUUCAGUCAAGUUCUUGUCUGCCACAGGUUAGCCAUCACCCUACUUCCGUUUCCUCUGCCAUGUUCCAGUUACAAUGGUUUGUCAGUCCUCGAUGCUUGGAAGUACCAUUUUAAUUUGGGCGUUCAAGUGAAAGGACUGCUGUAGAGAAUACAGACAUCAAUGACUUUCCAGGGUUUAAGGUUUAUUUUGUUUUUAGAAGGUUAGACAUUAACUUGAAAAAAAAAUUAUUCAGUAAACUCAAGAGAAGACCAAAACAAGCUCCCCUUCGCUGCUGCGCCAUGUGAGAGCGGAAGGAAGUGCAGUCGUCUUAAAAUGUGUACCAGGUGAGUUAACCAACGAACGUAGAAAAAAGCAGGAGCCAAUCAGCGAUGGGAAAACAAGGACAGGAAGUGAGUUGCAAACUAGAUGAGCCAUGUUCAGAUGUAAACAGCCAGUAUGAAGCUGGUGUGGGAACGUUCAUUCACCAUCUGCAGAGCAUUCACAUUCAUCGAGCAGAUUUGGAGGCCUUCAGUUGACUGGGAGAUAUCUCACCACAGGAAGACCAAGCAAAACAGGCCAAAGAUAAAACUUUGGUGGAUGAUUUCAGAGGCUGAAGAAGGGCAAAACACUGCAAGAGCCAUGUGGGAAGAUAGUGAAAGGGGUUUGCUGUUUGCUCGCAUCAAGCCGAAACACUUUCUCUACUGACAUAUACUGAACGUUCUCGAACCUUCCUCCAGAACAUUUCCUCAGGGGGAGCCCCUGCUAUGAACCCCAGCUCGAUUGGCUUCAGUAGGCAGUCAGACCUCAGAGCCAGCCACUGUGUGGGCAUCCCACAAGUCUGGGUUCUGCCCACACAGAACUCACAGACUGCCCCUGAACAAAAAGCAUGAAACACUCCUGAGUCACUCGUCAGUGUGGUAGCUUUCCUAUCUUGUCCUCAACUGGUCUAUUGUGAAAUAUCUUCUUUCUCUAUCUCUGAAGGCUCAUACACGCAAAACCCCGUCUUCAAUCCUUCUACCACCACAUAUUCAAUCACCACUUCAUUACUAUUUGCUUCCCCAUUAAGUAGCAGCACGAGUUCCUUUGGGUUUACCACGUGGUGGAGGACCAUGGGAUGCCGUCAGAGCUCGGAGGAGAAGGAAGCGGCGCGGCGCUCGCGGCGGAUCGACCGCCACUUGCGCUCAGAGAGUCAGCGGCAGCGGCGUGAGAUCAAACUGUUGUUGCUGGGCACCAGCAACUCUGGCAAGAGCACCAUAGUCAAACAGAUGAAAAUCAUCCACAGUGGAGGCUUCAACCUGGAAGCCUGCAAGGAGUACAAGCCACUCAUCUUGUACAAUGCCAUCGACUCUCUCACCCGCAUCAUCCGUGCUCUCAGCACUCUUAAAAUUGACUUUCACAAUCCUGACCGCGCCUAUGAUGCUGUGCAGCUCUUUGCCCUCACAGGGCCAGCUGAGAGCAAGGGGGAGAUUACUCCAGAGCUGCUAGGGGUAAUGAAACGUCUGUGGGCAGACUCAGGGGUCCAGGAGUGCUUUCAACGAUCCAAUGAAUACCACUUAGAGGACAACACUGCCUACUACCUAAAUGACCUGGACCGCAUUUCUGCACCCGAGUACAUCCCCACUGUCGAGGACAUCCUACGAUCCCGUGACAUGACCACUGGGAUUGUGGAGAACAAGUUCACCUUCAAGGAGCUCACCUUCAAGAUGGUAGACGUGGGCGGACAGCGUUCGGAGAGAAAGAAGUGGAUUCAUUGCUUCGAGGGCGUGACAGCAAUCAUUUUCUGUGUUGAGCUAAGCGGCUAUGACCUCAAACUCUACGAGGACAACCAGACGAGCCGUAUGGCCGAGAGCUUGCGUCUGUUCGACUCCAUCUGCAACAACAACUGGUUCACUAACACGUCGCUCAUCCUCUUCCUCAACAAGAAGGACCUGUUGGCUGAGAAGAUAAAACGCAUUCCCCUGACAGUGUGCUUCCCCGAUUACAAAGGUCAAAACACCUACGAGGAGGCAGCUGUCUAUGUGCAACGGCAGUUCGAGGACCUCAACCGCAACAAGGAGACCAAGGAGAUCUAUUCGCACUUCACCUGUGCCACCGACACCAGCAACAUCCAGUUCGUGUUUGAUGCUGUCACGGACGUGAUCAUCCAGAACAAUCUGAAAUACAUUGGGCUAUGCUAGGACCUGACACGGGUGGGGUGGGGUGGUGGUAGGGGGUGAAAAGCGGGCUGCCGUUAGCCUGCGGUGAGGCUGGAUAAACAAAGGCAUGUUAGCCUGCCUGGCAGUUUAUCUCUUUGAAGAGGGGGCAACAGAGGACUGGAAAGGAAAUGAGUUAGUAAGACAGUGAGGGAUGGACAAUACUGUAGAUUCAAGUGUUUCAAUGGAAACAACAGAGCUGAUGGUCCAUGGUUGAGGUGGGAUUUCUACCCUACAUGUUUGCACUGAAUAUGAGUAUGCAGAGACACCCAAACACAUGCACACCAACACGCAUCCUUAUAGUUUGCUCACACGUGCGAUCUUCAGUCAGACACUGGUUUGACAAGGCAACACUGGAAAAUUUUUAGACAGCUGCCCCCAACUGCCUGUCAAACCUGAAACCUGUAAUGGCGGUUUCCAAUUACCGUUGUCUCCUUUGUUUCAUUUGCCUGAGUCAGUUAAUGCUGCUUUAUUGAAAAUAAUUUCUGCAGAAUCAAUGCUCUCUUUCAGCUUUUCACCCAAACAAUAGUAAACGGCGAGGGCACCUGAGGAGACACAGAUAUAGAGACAGAGAGAGAGCCUGUAUUUCUGGGGAAAUAGAAGUCAGUAAACAUGACGUCACAGGUUUUCUGCCUAAAAGAGGAAACUGCCACAGUCUAAAGUCGAAGUGAAAUAUGUUUUCUACGCACCAUUUCUGUUCUUUCCUUAUCAGCUGUCUGUUGUUGUUCUUUUCCUCUCUUUCUUUUAUCUUUUUGUGCUUUAAAAAAAAAAGAAAAAAAGAACAUGUCUCUCAAACCAGCUUUUACAGCAGGUCCCUGACUUAUAAUACCAGGAGUAUGUUACGCUCGGAAGAGUCAAAAGUAUUUUUCAUUACCGUUUCCAGCAAGAGACAAAAAAAAGCAGUGCCAAGAUCAGUUUGUAAAUAAAUCUGGAUCCCGUCCUUUAUCUUAAUUUUUUUUUUCUUUUUUUGGUUUAGUUUUUAUGGACGAAGACAUUAAAUCAUGCAUGAUUUUGUUACUUUGGGAUACUAAUAUAUUUUCUUUGGGAUUAUGUUCCUCUUUUCCUAGGUUCUAAAUAAUAUAUUCCCAAAAAUAUAUAUUAAAGUCAAACACUGUGUACGAUUGUACAGUUGUCAGAGAGGAAUCUAUUGAAAAGAGUUAUAUAAAUAUUAUAACGAUGAUCAGAAUUUUUAUGGCGACAAUGCUAACGGCGAUGAUGAAUAUACUGGUGAUGAAGAUAACCUCACUACAGAAGCUUGGGGGUGGAAGGGGAGACUGUAGAAGAACCUGAAAAGAAAGAAGCAAACUUUCAAAGUUCAAUCGUCCUUGCAUUAUCUAAAUGGAAAUUGUUAAACCAGUCAGUCAGUAUGAUGUGUAAAUAUACUGUAAGGUACACUCUUUGUUCAAACAACAUGAAAAAUAACGGUUGAGUUGGGAUGCUGGGAGUGUGAUAAAGAGAGAGUGAGAGACAGAGGAGGAAGAUCCCACUCCACUCCUCCUCUUACCCUUUCUUUUUUUAGUUCAGAGAACAACUCAGCCAAGGGCUUGACUUUACGGGAUGUCCACUUCAACAACAGACUAAAACGAUGAAACAAACAAACAAAAAAAAGACGUAUAAAAGGACAAUAACUAUUAAUAAAACAACUUAUGCAAA